AGGGACGCUCAGAACGGACACGCCCACACGGCAAACCGGUUGCUUGGAAACGAGCGGAAACGCAUCGCGCGCUGAUUGGCUGGGCCUCGCGAUGGGAGCAGCAAUGUCGUGAGCGGCCGAGAGGCCACGGACAGGCUCUCGUUCGUGCGCUCACUGCGCACGGGGGGGAUGAGUCGCCGUCGAAUCGGGUUGCGCCCGGCCGUUGCACAAGCGAGCGAACGACAAAUCAGAAGACAGCAAGUCGCGGUUGCGGGCGGAGAUAUGUGAGUGCGGGGUCUCUUGGGAACUGGUUUCUGGCCGGAACACUCCAUUCGGGCCUGGUGCAAACGCCGAGCUGUACAUGUGGAUGGGAUUGAACGAGGCUUGCACAAAGCAAUGUUAAGGCCUGGCUGCGGGCUCGCUGGGAAGGGAGGGAGUGCGGUACGUGUUCAGGCAGGGCCAGGCUCCUGGAAGCGCGGCCGGCCGGGGCGGGGGUGCGCUCGACGACUUGGAACACUUGAGAGCUCGGUAUUUGUUAGUAAGCCAAAUAGUAAGUAGGUAUUCCCCUCUGCAAACAGUCGCAUCUUAUUUUGAAUACCCGAGUAACGCACACGGUACACAUCUCAUCUGCCCGAUACAAGAUACUAUUGAAAGUUGUGUGUUUUUUGGGCGAGAAAACGAACAAACGCUUGUUUUGUCGACUCUUGCACGUAGGAUUCAGCAACGCCGCUGCCGCCGCUGCACCAGACCCAGUGUUUGCCAGGAAAAUAUUAAAACUUCUUAUUAGUCCUGAAGUCGGUGCGAAUUUACAUUUGGAAUUUGCAAAUUUGUGCGGGCACUCGGUAAGUCGCGGAAGUCGAGAGCAAACAGAACUGCAUCUGCCGAAUCCGCUGGGCUUCCUUCGUCGCCUUUGUUUAGUGAUUGUAACGGUUGUGCCGAUCAUUGUGUGCUGAAACGAUCCGUCCGAGAAACGGGUCCAGUGUUCGCGUUCGAAUCCGCCUAGGGGACGACGAGUGUUCAGUGGCAGAAAGGCUUGGCGACGCGCGGUCCUUGAUCCUGUGCGGGUGAAGUAGGGAAAACUCACUUUUUGGCAUUCCGUCAAGAUGAACCUGUUGCCCGCAAAUCCGCAAACGUAGAGACACAGCCAGAACUGGGAAGCGGGAGAACGCGAGCGUGAACGUGCACUGUCUCCUGAUCGCCUGCGAGGCGUUCCUCAGCCCAGCCGCCCUGUUGACAUUCGGGGGUGGAUACGGCAAAUAUCCAUCCCUCUGCCGUUGUCGCUGCCACUGGCAUGUGUACUACUAUUUGUGUUUGAGCACUCAUUAUAAAACAAAUCCAGUGAAAACAAACUCAAAACUUGAGUAUUACAUCAAACAGAGAAAGACCGUGCACGUUGUUCUAUAUAUUUGGUAAAUAUCAAUUAAACGCGUAAUCUGUGAAUUGGAUCGAUUUAUUUGUGAAUAAUUGUGUCUAAUCUGGCGAUUACUGGGAGUUGAUUAGUGAUACGGGAGUGCGCCUAGACCCUUUCGUGCUCGGGCGACCCCUUCGCAAACUUAGCGUCAUGCAUUGUUCCUCGCGAAAACUCGAGAACAGCCUCUGGUCCCUCCACAUAUUCCACUUCUGCUUCUUGGUGGCAUAGAUAUUGACAGGAACACGAAAGCUAAGUAAAUACGUCCCGUGAAGAAUAGAAACAAGUUCCCGACCUAUAUUUACUGACGGGAAAGUGAGUGCGCCCUUGGAGUGUUUACCCGUACACGAGGAAAAACUUCACCUGCGAGCCAGCGAACUCAGGCACGGCCGCGCUACAUCCCAAAGAAUAAAUUUACUUUUCACUUCGAAUAAGUCCCGGCGAAAGUGUGAAAACGGGUUGGAACAUGCAAAAGUUAUACCCCGAAACGACGACGAGUGCUGGGGUAAGUAUGUCCGGCGGCAAUAUAAGCCCCAUGACGCCAACGUACAGUAUGAACUCCAUGGGAAUGGCCGUGGGCAGUAUGACAUCCGUUUCGCCUCAAAGUGCGAGCUUCGGGCCGGGCGUCCUGGGACCUGCAGCCGGAAUGACGAGUAUGGGUGCAGCUGCAGCCAUGAAUUCCAUGGGCGGAAAUUGCAUGACACCUAGCUCAAUGGGUUACGGAUCGAUGGGAUCGCCUCUGGGCAAUAUGGGCUCGUGCAUGGGGAGCGGAAUGAGUUCGAUGGCAGCCAUGGGAGGCUACUCGGCGGUCGGUGCGAUGACAUCGGGUCGCGACCUCGACACGGGAUCGCCAAACUCGAGCGUCCUGCAGAGAUCCCGGGUGGAGAAGCCAACAACCUACAGACGCAGCUACACUCACGCCAAGCCUCCAUACUCGUACAUUUCACUCAUCACAAUGGCAAUUCAGAAUAAUCCAUCCAGAAUGCUCACAUUAUCCGAAAUAUAUCAAUUCAUUAUGGACUUGUUCCCAUUCUACCGGCAGAACCAGCAACGGUGGCAGAAUUCAAUCCGACACUCACUAAGCUUCAAUGAUUGCUUCGUUAAGAUACCGCGGACGCCUGACAAGCCCGGCAAAGGUUCCUUUUGGACACUUCACCCUGAUUCCGGGAACAUGUUCGAGAACGGUUGCUACUUGAGGCGCCAGAAGCGAUUCAAAGACGAGAAAAAGGAAGCAAUACGACAAAUGCACAAGAGCCCCUCGAAUAGUAUUGAAGCAGUCAGUCCCGGCAAAAAGGAGAUCCACGACGACCAUCACCAUCAUAGGGACCACAAGCCAGGGUCUGAAAGUCAAGUUCCAACCAGCUUGCUAACUUCCACCCACAGCAAGGAAGCCGAGACAUUGGCCAUGCUUCACGCCGGAGCCGAAAUCUGCCUGGGACAGCAAGGACAACACAGUGCGGCGCACCACCAGCAGCUGCAGCACGAGGAGCUCUCGGCCAUGGUUAAUAGGUGCCACCCGUCACUAAUUAGUGAAUACCACUCCAUGAAUCACCUGAAACAGGAGCCAACGGGCGGUUACACGCCAUCCAGUCACCCCUUCUCAAUUAACAGGCUGCUACCAACCGAGUCCAAAGCCGACAUCAAGAUGUACGACAUGAGUCAGUACGCCGGCUACAAUGCGCUUAGUCCACUGUCGAAUUCACACGCUGCCUUAGGACAAGACUCCUACUACCAAAGCCUAGGUUAUCACGCGCCCGCCGGUACGACGAGCUUGUGACAUCAGUAUCCAUUAGCAUAAAGGCGCGAUUUGUUCCCAUCAUCGGCGAAUUCUUUCCAAUUGCAUCUGUAAGAUCACUCGUCCGAGAUCUCUGCCAAUCUCGUCCUUUAAAUAUGCUAAUGAACUGCGUAUGCAGCUUUGCCAGCACCGACACCAGCUCGUCGUAAAUUGCUUCUCAUCGAACCUUUGAUCCAUGCAAUAUCAUCAGUUUCACAACGCGAAGCUACACUCUGAAAUUGGACCGUAGUACCUACCUAAAUUUAAUAGAUAAAUCUCUAGAAAGCGCAAGGUUCUGUAAAUAUCUGUAAUUAUUAAUGAUUAUUAGAGUUAGGUCGAAUAGUGUAAAAAGUGUAUUAUCUACAAUUAGGAAGAACGGUGAUUCGAAAAAUCCCCCCAAAAGAUUAUUAAAUGUAGUUGUGUAAGCUUCAAUGAAAGUGAUUUAGGUUUAAGGGUCAUACAUGUGAAUUGAUUAAAUUUAGGAUAUUCUAUUUCAAUGGCAGCAAAGUGCGCAAUGUAUAAAGAUGUCUUUGUUCUUUUUUAUAAUUCAAUUUCAUCGUAACCGUAACGUAGCGAGAAAAUUCCGUUUGAAAAAGAACAUUAAGCUAGAUAUUCAUUAAUAAACUAACUGAAAAUAUUCAUCAAUUUAAUAUUGAAUUACAUAACGCAAUCUGCAGCAACUAGACGCAAUAGUCGUUCUGAACACGAAGGAUAAAAUACAAAAAAGGAGAAAAAAAUCAAUAUUUGAAUGAAAUGCUAUUAAUAUAAAGUUGAAUGUGACGGAGAACGUAAUAAAUCAUAGUAAUAAAUUUUAAUCUCAAACAAAAUUGGUCGUAUAAAACGAGAAAUACUCGAUUGAUUUCGUCUGUAAAAAUAUUAUAUAAAUUUGAAAUUACCGAAGUGAAAGAAAGUACACACGCAACAAAGCAAAGCAACCAAAAUAAAUCUCAUCUACAUGGACAAUUUAUAUUAUUAAAACAACAAACAAAACACGAAAAUGCAAUUUAAAUAAAUAUUACAAAUAAAGCUUAUUUUUAAUUUCGGAUUUGUUAAAUUUAACUUUAGUAAUUUAGUGGUAACCAAUAAUAUAUGAAUUAUUAGAUAUUUGUCAGAAUAAUAGAUUCUUUUGUUUUUUUGAUGUUUUUGAAAGAGACGUUCGGAUGAACAGGAAUAUUAUCGAUUAUUAUUAUUAUUUUCAUGUAUAGUGAAAUGAGAUCUAUUGGAAUCAAAUGAAAAAAUAAACACUGAAAAUAUGAUAAACAAUUUACGAAUAAAGUUUUUACUUUCCAUCUUUCAA